CAUUCCCUCCACGCUGGCGUAAAGCCGACCUCGCUCCUCCGUCGCCCGAGCACGAUAUAGGCCUCUCUCUACACGAUGCAGUCGUAGUUGUUUUUACAGCGGGCGGCGUAUAACGAAAGGUCCGCCAUGAUAACACUAUCGUACGGCUUGAGGGCCAAGGAGCGCAAGCGAUACACGGAUGAAGACAUUGACGAUGAUGAAAUUGAAGGAAAGCGAAGUUUUGACGUCUUGGACAAACUUAAAAGUGACAGAUAUACUGGUGACUUUGUUGAGACCCUCACGGGAACAGAAUUCACUCUCAAAUAUGUACAGGAGACAGGACUUGAGAACCCCAUCGUAAUUCAUGAUAAGACAGGGCUGGGCAUGAGAAUCCCAAGUGCCAAUUUCCAAGUCAGUGAUGUGAAACAAUGUGUGGGGAGCAGGCGUAUGUUGGACGUCAUGGAUGUCAACACCCAGAAGGGGCUAGAGAUGUCGAUGAAGGAAUGGGUGAAGUAUUACGAAACCAAGGACAGAGACCGUCUCCUCAAUGUCAUCAGCCUGGAGUUCAGCCACACCCGCCUAGAGACCUACGUUGACUCACCCACUGUGGUACGACAAAUUGAUUGGGUGGAUACUGUUUGGCCAAGACACCUAAAGGAGAUUCACACAGAGGCUACGAACAUCAUUGAGAAAAUGAAAUACCCCAAAGUCCAGAAGUAUUGCCUGAUGAGUGUGGCUGGCUGUUACACAGAUUUUCACAUCGACUUUGGUGGCACAUCCGUCUGGUAUCAUAUCCUUCAUGGGGAAAAGGUUUUCUGGUUAAUCCCACCCACCCCUGAGAACCUGGAGAUGUACGAGACAUGGGUGUUGUCUGGGAAACAGGGUGAUAUCUUCCUGGCGGACACAGUACCCUCUUGUCAGAAGAUAGUCCUGAAGGAAGGCUAUACAUUUAUCAUCCCCUCAGGUUGGAUCCAUGCAGUUUACACUCCUAGGGAUUCUUUGGUGUUUGGAGGUAACUUUAUACAUAGUUACAACAUCCUUCAGCAGUUGAGGGUGUCAGAAAUGGAAGACAGAACACGGGUCCCUCAAAAGUUCAGAUACCCAUUCUACUCAGAAAUGUUGUGGUAUGUCUCUGCUCAGUAUUUGCGGUGUCUUCAGGGGAAGUCCUACCUCUCCAAACCCAUCAAGGAGAACUCCAAACUUGAGAAGAACGGAGAUGUAAAAGUGGAAAACGGAGAAGAAAUGCCAAGCACCUCCAAAGCAUCUCGAACCAUCAAAACAGAGCCUGAGAGCUCAGAGGGCAAAUUGUCCAAUGGCAUCGAGACUAGUCCACGCCCUACAAGGUCAUCCCGCCGAGGAGGUGGAGCAUCAACUCCAUCAAAAUCCUCGACCAAUGGCGACGUGGCUGAAGAUGAUGUAGAGCCAUCUCCGAGCAGUUCAGCCGGAUCAAAACUUGAAUCUAAGGACUUUGACUUGGAGUCUUCCAGAAUUGACGGGGAGAAACCCUGGGUACAUCUGACUCCCUAUGAGUUAAAGGGGCUCGCAAAGCUGACAGAGCUUCUGGAGAGCCUUCCCCCGACCAAGCGCUCUGUCCCUAAAGAUCUGACCGACCCAGAUAUGUUGAUUGAGGACAUGAAGGCUCUGUUGAAGGACCAUGAGAAUGAUGACCCUUCCAAGGCCGUCACUGGAGAAGAGGUCAUCAAGUGGCCUCCAUCUUCAAAGUUGACCAAAAUCAAGACGAAGCCAACAGGUGGCAGUAAGGCAGCCAAGAUGGGCAAGAAUGCAGCUGGUAAUCGCAGGCGCCGUACGCGCUGUAAGAAAUGUCCUGCAUGCGUCCGGGGCGACUGCGGGGAGUGCCACUUCUGUAAGGACAUGAAGAAGUUCGGAGGACCGGGGCGAAUGAAACAGUCCUGUAUUAGUCGACAGUGCAUGGCUCCGGUCCUGCCAAACACGGCCACCUGUAUCAUCUGUGAGACAGACGAGCGAAACACAAAGGAUGGGAACGAUGAACAGAGUUUGACAACGCUAAUGGAAUGUGGGAAGUGCUGGGAGAUUGUCCACCCUGCUUGUCUUGUGUGGAAGUUUGAGGGGCUUCAGUCUGAGGGGGUCAUCAACGAGGAUCUGCCCAACAGCUGGGAGUGCCCUAAGUGCUGCCAGGGGGGAGGGGAAGGAGACUUUAAGGCACGUAAUGUGAAGGAUGGCAUCAAAGAUUCAGAUGGGAAAGCGGAAACAGGAGAUAGUGAAAUGAGUGAAGAAGAAGAGACGACAAAUAGUAAGAAACUUAAGAAAGUAGAGGGCAAGCGAGUGACGUCUAAAGUCAGCAAAGUGUCUCGGCUGAAGAGUAUCUCUCUGGCAGGAAAACGAGGAAGAGUGAAGAAGUCUGUUUUACUCUCGGCAGGAAUGAAGAGGAACAAAGUGCUGCCUGCAAAAGUGAAGGCCUCGCUUACAACCGUCAAGAAACUGAUGAGGAAGGGAGAGCUUCCAAAGGGACACAUCUCACCCCCUGUGGUGACACGUUCUGGGAGAACAGUGGUGCAGAAACGUGUGAUGGAGGAUGAUGAAAUGGAAAGUCCCACAAAGAGACAGAAACGAGAGGAAACCAUAUCUCCUCCAAGUAGAGGGCGAGGUUUCCGUGGAACGAGGGGAGGGGUAGCGAUCCCAUCCUCAUCAGUGAGAGGUCAAGGGUUACGUGUGCGUGCUGAAGGGAGUGGCCGUGGUAGAGGAAGAGGAAGGGGCAGAGCCUCCAAGACCACCAAUGAAAGUGGCACGACAUCUGGUGAUCAGUCAGUGCUGGAUUCAACGGGUUUGAGCUCCCCUGAAUCUUCUGUUGCUGGCCAAGGCUCAAGGGGAAGCACUCCAGUAUGCAGCGACAGAACUGGAGAAGCCGGAAAGGGCAAAAACAAAUCUAAAAGUGCUUCAGCAGAUGCCAAGGAGCCAGUGCCUAAACCUGUUCAGACAAUCCCACCGAAAUACGUGGUGAGGCCGGCAUCGAUUCCACCACCUUCUGGAACACUGGAGCUUGACAAUGGCCAGAAACACAUCCUCUCACAAAAUGUAUGGCAGAAAAUUUUCCAGUACUUGCCCCAUGCUGACCUGGCACGUUGCAUGUCUGUGUGCAAAACCUGGAAUCGUUGGUGUAUUGACAAACUUUUGUGGUAUGACCUUGACCUGUCGCACAAGAAAAUCAAGCAGGUUCACUUGGUGGGCGUCGUGCGGCGUCAACCAACCAUCCUCAACCUUAACUAUGCAGUGAUUUCACCCAAGCAGCUAAGCUGGCUUAUUGAACGCUUGCCUCACGUCAAGAAACUGAGCCUUGCGUAUUGCUCAUGGGGCACGUUGUCAGCACUGUGUUCGUCCUCAUGUCCAUUGCUGACGUACCUAGACCUCAGUUGGGCCAGCGGGCUGCGUGACGUCUGUUUCAAGGAUCUCAUUUCCCCCGCCGCUGAUCACCGGCCUACCGUCAGAAUCGUUAGCCGCCUUCACAAACUGGUUGAACUGCAGAUGGCUGGCACGGACAUAUCCGACAGCUCAUUGGCUAUCAUGCCACGUCACCUGACCAACUUAGAGAAGCUGGACUUGAGCUACUGUAUCAAGCUCACCAACAAGGGCAUAGAAUACCUCACCAAUGAAGGGACAUCCACACGCUACAACCUCAAGGAACUGGAUCUAACCGGAUGUAACCAGUUAACUGAUGAAUGCUUGACAUUCCUGGCCAACUGCCCCAAACUAGUGCGCCUCAAACUGAAGGCCUGCCACAAAAUAUCUGUGGAAGACUGUCAGGCUUUUACGAUGACGUACGCUCAUCGAAAACUCUCCCUGUGCGGGGACUUUGAUAAACUUAUUGUCUGUGCCGAUGAAGAAUCAAGCACAUAGUUACAAGAUCAUGAUAUAAAACUGCAUUUGUGUGAUUAUUUAAUCAGGUGAGAAAGUGAGCACAUGUAUGUAUGUACAAGGAUUUGAGAAUGUAAGCACAUUAGUACAGGGUUGAGCCGAAGUGGGUUGUCAUAUCUUCUGCUAUGAGAAUUUGGGUCUAUAGUUAUCUGGUCCUCAGGGUUGAGCCAGGGUAGUUAUGUGAUCAUCAGCUAUGAGAAUUUGAGCCCAUAGUUACAUAGUUGUCAGCUACAUGUAUGAGAACUUUAGCCCGUAGUUAUAUGGUCGUCAGCCUUGUGGAUUUGAGCCUGUAGUUAGGUGAUCAUCAGCCUGAAAAUUUGAGGCUGUAGUUAUCUGGUCCUUAGCUUUGAGGAUUUGAGCCCAUAGUUACAUGAUCAUCAGUUAUGAGAAAUUAAGCCCAUAGUUAUGAAGCUAGCAGGAGUGAA